GGACACAACAGGAAGUAAAUGCUGGUUCCUGGGUUAAAGAGUGAGGCUGGGAGAGAGCAGUCAGCUCCUGCACGGCUCCAGGGAGCGGCGCUGUCUGAGCCCUGAAGAGAUUGUCUGUUAAUUUGUCCAUCUUUUCAGUGAUGAGACAGCGCUGGGAAGUAUGGAUAAAAAUAAUAUUGGAGAGCAGCUUAAUAAAGCUUAUGAAGCCUUUCGACAGGCAUGCAUGGAUAGAGACCAUGCUGUGAAAGAACUGCAGCAAAAAACAGAAAGCUAUACACAGCAAAUAUGUGAACAGCAGGAACAGAUAGAGUUUCAAAAAAGUAUGAUUGCAAAACUUAAAUCACAGUUGGCUCCUGUGAAUGCCAACAGAGGUAGCGCAUAUGGCCAUGUUCUCGUGCCUGAAGAUACUGAAACAUGGAGAAAUGACACCUCCCCUAAUCUAAGUUUUGAUCAGCUCCAUGAAAAGCUGAAACUAGCAAUGCAAAGAGAAAAACUUUUAAAGGAACAGUUGGAAACAGAGAGCAUUAAAUUGAAGAAAACUGAGGAAGAAAACAUUCUAAAGGAAAAUAAACUUGUAUCUAUUAUUGCUGUUAAAGAAGAAGAAAUAAGGUUUCUAAAAAACAGAUUAAAAGAAAAAAGUGAAGCACAGGAUUGCAUACAGAUGCCAAUGUAUGAAAUGGAGAUUAAACAUACGAAGAUUGCUCCAGCUAGACAGGAUUUAUCUCCAGGGAUCCCUGGUAUUUUAACUGUGCAUGAAAGGGAAGAUCUAGAGAUGGUUUUCCAGGAGAUGAAGGAAGAGUGUCAUCGAAUAUGCACAUUAGCAAGAAAGCAAACAGACCAACUCAGUAAACUUAACAUAAAGAGAGAACCUGUAAAUGAAAUUCCAUUUUCCAUGCCUAUUCAGUGUACUGAUAAAACUGAUGAACAAGCAGAAGAACUUUUAAAACCUCGGGUUAAAACAGAUAUAAAUAGAGGUGUAUCAUGCAUAACAUCUAUCACACCAAGAGGAGUGGGCCAAGAUGAGGAAGACAACUCUGUAGAAUCACUUUCUAAAUUUAGUGUCAAGUUUCCACCUACAGACAAUGACUCUACUUUCUUACAGAGCACUCCAGAUAAACCAGCAGUUCCUUGUACUGCAAUAGCUGAAAAUAUGCUUCCAGAUCAUCAUUUUUACAUGGACCAGGAAGACCAUACUAUGAACCUGAGUAAACUGGAAUGUAACACAUUAGAAACUCAUGGAGCUGACCACAUAACCUCAGCUAUGCAAAACCUAACUCCACUUGACAUAACAAAACCCCCAAGCCAUACAGCCAUGCUCAAACAGAAUACUCAGGACAAAACACCAUAUUUGAAAACAGCAGACAUUGGUACCAAACUUGUGCAUCCAUACACAAAUCAAGAUGAUACUGAAGUAAAUUUUCCCUCUUCAGAGGCCAUUGGGAGGGCUAUCAGAGGACCUCAGCAGCUCUUCUGGAAGCCAAAUCAAACUCAAGAUAAUAACUUACUGGCACAAGGUUAUACAGACUCAGAACUGAAGCAGUCUGGAAUAUGUGAAUUCUGUCAAAAAGUUUUCCCACCAUCUACUACAUCCAGGGGGGAUUUUCUCAGGCAUCUUAAUUCACACUUUUAAAGAACAAUCAAUGUAUCCAGAAGAAAGCUGAAUAAGACUUUGUAGAGAUACUGGGUUGCACUUUUGUGUAUAUUUCAUUUUUAAUUCAAGUAUGUAUGUUAAUUUCAGAAUUAAGACUGUUCAUAAUGAUGUAACUGAAACUGUGUUUCAGUUAAGUUCAUUUCAAACUUUUAAAAUUACAUUUAACAUUUGUAAUUUUACACAUUUUAAAUUACCCAGUAGAAACUGUAAUGCAGUUUCACUUCUUCAGUAUGUCAUAUUGCAAUAUGAGCUUUGGGCCUGAUCCUACAAACCUUUUCUUACACAAGUUAUCUUCACCUGAGUAGUCCCACAAUAAUUAAUGACUACUUGUGUGAGGUAAGGACUACUUGCAUGAGUAAAUGUUUGCAGAACUGGACCUUUAAAUUUGAGGAGAUAAAGUGUGAGCAAUCCUGUCAAUUUUCCUCAGUACCCUAUGGCCUGAUCCUGCUCCCACUGUAGUAAAUAGGAGCAGGAACAGGCCCUAAGAACAUCUGAAGGGCUAGGGAGGAAUCUCCAGUUUUGACUUAAGACAGGUUCAGUGUUGUAUUUAUAUUGUAGAUAAGGUUCUUGUAAAAUCACUAGAGUAGCCAAGUAAUAGGUAUGUCUUACUUAAGAUCCAUUUAUGUCUUGUCUCUUACAUCAUUGGCAAAGAUCAGUGUAAUCAACAGUAAAACUAUUUUAGUAAACAGAUUUGUCUUAGAUACAAAACAAUACUCACUCUCUGGCUAAAAUGAAGAUUGCAAUGGUAUGUAUCUUUGACAGAGGUACACUAUUAAAUUGUUAAUGUAUAUUGUUAGCAUUCAUAACUCAUGGAAAAUACUUAUUCCUCUAUGGGAGCUGAUAUGUGCUUUUACAUAGAGAGAAGAUGAGAUGAAUCAGGUUACACUUUCCCCUAAAGCUAAAAGUUCAAAAGAUAAUUUAGCAUUUCUUGUGGUUCCCUAGUGGAUGUUACUUAAAGGCUAGGGAUUUUUUUUAAAUUGAACACAAGUCUUCAGACCAAAAUACAUGUCUCUCUUAAACUAGAAAUCACUCUUAAACACACAUAGCCAUCAAAAUUUAAAUUGUAGUAUUUUAUGAAUGCUAGAUCAGCUAACUUGCAUUUUGUUUUUAAACAGUUGAUGUGCAAUGAUCUCUCCCAGGAGAGCCUUCUGCACUUUGACUGGACAGUUCCAGUCCAGACCUAAGUCGUUAUUAGCAUUAAUAUAUUUUCUGUACCUACAGGUAAGCAUGGCGCUAACGUCUCUCUGUUCAAAGAUCUAUUGGGUGAUGGUAACCAUUUUACAAAGGUAAAGGGAAAUAUAAAUCUUGCGUCAUUUUUAGAAGUGGAUUUUUAAGUCAACUGGAGAAUACUCCUACACUAAACAUUUUUCUACAACUGUUUACUGUAGUUUUAAAUACCUGCUGUGUACGUGACUAGCUGUGGCUGAUAAUGUACUGUAAUAAAAGUGCAGGGUUCAGUGCUUGUCUGUUAA